CGACGUAAAAAAAAAAAAAGAAAAAAAAAAAAGAAGAAUAGGGUCGAUAUGAAUGCAGAACCGAAAGCGAAUAUAAGGAUAUGGAGGUGUGUGGAAAGAUACAGAGUAAUAAAUUUUAGGUAAGCGUACGGUAAAUAAGUGAUAUCGUCACUAUUUAGUUCGUCACACUUCCAUAGUGAAUCAGUGAAGGAGCACGCUAUGCCAUCCUCACGUGAAGGAAGCCGUUUUUCAAUCCGAGUGAAUGACGUGCCUAAAUAAUGGACAACAACCAGCACCACCCCCGUCGCCAUGACCACUAUGACUAUAGAGAUGUGUCAACACAGCGCUGGGGCCAGGCAACUAUAUGGCUUACGGCCCACUGCUAGUGUAGUGCACGCCCUGCUCCCCUCAACUUUACUGCUCUAGGUGACCGCUCGCCCCAGCUCGCCACAAUGCCGGUUCUAAAGUUCGUGAUGACGGACUAUAGCCGGGGGGACAAGAGAGGAUGUUGCCGGCGACUGGCACGUGUCCUGUUCUCAAAUAUUGGCUUGCUCGUGCUCGUCGCCUUAUACGCCGUGCUGGGGGCUUACCUCUUCAUCCAUGUGGAGGAAGGACAUGAGAAUAGGCUGAGGGAGACCAAAAGACGCGUCAGCCUCGAUCUAAUUGAUGCUAAAAAGUACAUUGUGUCGGUGCUGCAGUACCAAAGAGGCAAAAAUCAUACAAAGGCUGCUUACCUCAAAAUGGUGAUGGAAAAGUUGGAGCUGUUUCACAGUUUCGUAGUUGAAAAAGCCUCUGAUCCUGACAUCAAGUACGACGGGGACGUGAACGCGUGGGACACCGCCUGGACCUUCCCAAAGUCAUUGCUCUUCACCGUGACCACCAUGGGAUCUAUUGGAUAUGGCCACAUUGCACCCAAGACGUCUGCUGGGCGCCAACUCACCAUCCUGUACAGUGUAGUGGGCAUCCCUCUCCUCCUGGUUUUCCUAGCCAACAUUGGUGACUUUUUGGCCAACUCCUUCAGAUACAUUUACAGUCGCUGCUGCUGCCGAUGGUGCAGAGUCCGCCGCAAGCUGUCAGAACUGCGCAAGGGCAACAAACUGAAGAAAGGUGAUCUACGAAAGGAAACUGUUGGCGACGAAAAAUAUAUGCCAACACAAAUGGUGACUGUGCCCAUCAUUGUGAAUUUGUGUCUCAUAGCAGUGUACCUGAUGCUAGGGGGUGCACUGUUCAGCUGGUGGGAAAAUUGGGAUGCACUCUCAGCCAUCUAUUUCUCGUUCAUCACACUCGCCACCAUAGGCUUUGGGGAUUAUGUGCCUGGCAGGUCAUUCCUGGACCUUCAUGAUGGUGCCUCUGCAGCCCUUAAAAUGCUCGCCACUGUCCUGUACUGUAUAUUUGGGAUGGCUCUGGUCUCCAUGUGCAUUAGCUUGAUGCAGGAACAACUGGUGCAAAAGACACGUUGGCUCCUCACCGAAGUAGGCAUCAUUGAAGAAGACAUUGAUCCGAUGCAGAAGUAUAAGUACAAGAAGAGCCAGAAGGGCACCGUCUUGGAAACACACAAGGACCGGGAUGGCAACAAGCGGCUCAGACUCCUCAGUGUGGAUGAGGGGGAGUCGUCGGCAUUCAGACCUCCUGUUUCUACCACUAUUCGUGAAGAGAAUAACAAGUAGUUCAACAUCAUUGACAUUUCUGGAUAAAAAAAUAUAGUGAAAUUAUGGCACGUGGAAUUCUCAAUUUGGAACAUAUAUUGUCUUCAGUGCCCUUCUUUUGAGAAGUCUCUGUUAAUGGACUCUAUACAAAUUUAUAAUCAAGUUUCUCUUUUAUGUAGUAGCACCUUCACAGACAUAAAGGACAACAGAGGUUUAUUUGUCACAGUGAGGCACACUUACUUUAGUAUAGAGUGAUAUACAUAUAUCUUAAUGAUUAUUAAAAAUAUCACUUUUCGUGAUAGUUAUUAUUUUAGGGUUUUGAUGCUUUUAAAGCCGGUGUCACGCCGGACAUAUCUACCCAGCAACGGAAUGUCCGUUGCUGGGUAUUUGUCCGUUGAAAUUUUGUGGGCUGUUAAAUCCGAAAUCCGUUAAAUCGGGGUCCGUUAAAUCGAGGGCCGAGUGUACUAUGAAUGUCAAUAAACUAGGAAAAUUA